AUGGCCAACGUCUAUACAUCUGUUGCGAUUCCGCACUUCAGCAGUUCAUCCAACGGCCACACUUCACCUGUUCCAUCUACGGGUGAGCCUGAUGGAUCUGACUACCGAGGAAACGUGUCCGUCACCGUAAGUGGGAAAACAUGCCAGCGGUGGGAUGUGGAAUAUCCACAUACUCGGCUGUACUGGCCAGAGAAGUUUCCUCAGCUGGUGGAAAACUACUGCCGCAACCCAGACGGGGAUGAGGGCACCAUUUGGUGCUACACAACGGACCCUGACACCCGCUGGGAGUACUGUACCCUCCCUGGACAGUGUUCUUUUGUCUGCAUGAGCAGUACUUCCGCAUCUGACUACCGCGGAAACGUCUCUGUGACCAUUAGUGGGGAGACAUGUCAGCGUUGGGACGUCGACUCUCCCCAUACUCGUAUAUACCUGCCAGAGAAGUAUCCUGAGUUGGUGGAGAACUAUUGCCGCAACCCGGAUGGGGAGCCCGGCCAGUGGUGCUACACAACCGACCCUAACAAACGCUGGGAGUUCUGCUGCAAUGCUGCAUGCGCCUGA